ACAAGCAAGUAUAAAGAAAAGUAGGUUUGGUCUGUCGUGUAAUUGUUUCUAAAACUCUACUAAGCUCUUCUUUCAAAAAUCUCAGAGUCUAUUUUCCUUUGAAGUGGUGUGUGAUUUCAUUAAUUUCAAGUCAUCUAAGCUCACACUAGCUGCAGUUUUCUUUUGAGCACGAAAGAGGAAGCCUAACAGCUUUAUUUUCUUAAAGCUUCUACGUUACAAAGAGAAACAAAAGGGGUGGGGAGGUGCUAAGGCUAGAGAGAUAAGCAUAAGAAAAGAAAGUAGAGAAGAAGAAUUUUGGCCUCGAAAUAGCAGAAGUUUUCACAAAGGGGGUGGUGUGGGGGGUGGGUUUUGGCCAAGUGAUGCGCUCAGGAGUCUGUACGGUUCAGCAAACUCUCACAGCAGAGGCUGCUUCAGUAUUGAAGCACUCUCUCAGCUUGGCAAGGAGGAGAGGCCAUGCUCAGGUUACUCCCCUCCACGUGGCUGCCACUUUGCUAAGCUCAAGGGCUAGUCUUUUGGGAAGGGCUUGUCUCAAGUCUCAGCCUCACCAGAGUUCACAUCCUCUUCAGUGUAGAGCUCUUGAACUUUGCUUUAAUGUGGCUCUCAACAGGCUACCGACAACUCCAGGUCCUCUCCUUCAUGGCCAACCAUCUCUCUCAAACGCUCUGAUUGCCGCACUUAAAAGAGCACAAGCCCACCAGAGAAGGGGCUGUAUUGAGCAACAACAACAACAACAGCCUCUCCUGACUAUUAAGGUGGAGCUAGAACAGCUUAUCAUAUCCAUUCUAGAUGACCCUAGCGUUAGUAGGGUUAUGAGAGAAGCUGGCUUCUCCAGCACUAUUGUCAAGAACAACAUAGAGGACUCCUCAAAUUCAUCUGUUUUUCAGUGUUAUAGUGCGUCAGGUGGGGUCUUUUCUUCACCGUGUUCUCCUUCUCCUACUGACACUCAGAAAGACAUCGUCAACCCUAGCAGUUUCUGGCAAACCCACUUCUUGACCUACUCUUCUGAGCAAAGCCCAUUUUUCUUUUCCCCUCAAAAGAAAGUCUCAAACAACUACAUCACAGAUUCAGCAUCUGUGAAGGAAGAUAUCAAGUUGGUUUUUGAGGUUUUUCUGAGGAAAAGAAGAAAGAACACUGUUAUAGUUGGUGACUGUGUCUCCACAACUGAAGGUCUCGUUUCAGAGCUGAUGGCCAGGAUAGAGAGAGGAGAUGUUCCUGAGGAAAUGAAACACGUUCAUUUCGUCAAAUUUUACUUUGCGCCUUUGUCUCUGAGAUUCAUGAAAAAAGAGGAUGCUGAAAAGCAUCUUACUGACCUGAAAAGAAGAGUGGAUUCUAUUGCAUCAGGGGGAGAGGGUGUCAUUAUCUAUACAGGAGACUUAAGAUGGGCUGCUGAAGAAAAUCUCAAAGGAGAAAUCCCUGGUUAUAGUGCAAUUGAUCAUCUAGUAACUGAAAUAGGAAGGCUGCUCUCUCGCUAUAAUUUCUCAAACGCAAAGGUGUGGUUAGUGGCCACUGCAAGUUACCAAGCAUACCUGAGGUGCCAAAUGAGGCAACCUCCUCUUGAGGCUCAAUGGGCACUUCAAGCUGUUUCUGUUCCCUCAGGAGGACUUGUUUUGAGCCUCCAUGCUACCAGUGUCCAUGAUUCAAGAAUGACCUUCGGUGAGAACCCAUCUCAAGGCCUGGAAAUGAAGCCAUUUGCUAACAAGGAAGAGCAUGAAAAGCUUACUUGCUGUGCGGAAUGCACUUCAAAUUAUGAGAAAGAUGUACAGUCGUUUAAGUCUUGCCAGCAAAAGCUCUUGCCUCCUUGGCUGCAACCUCAUGAUAGUAACAACGCCACCCAAAAGGAUGAAAUGCUUGAAUUGAGGAGAAAGUGGAACAGGCUAUGCCAUAGUUUACACCAAGGUAGGCAUAAUCAGAACCAUUUUAGAUCCACCAUGUAUAACGACCAAAGCUUGGCUGGAAAAAGCUAUCCUUAUGCUUCAUCAUACCCUUGGUGGCCUUGUCAAAGCAGCAGCUUCCCUGAUUCAACUUCUAUCUCUUUUACUGAUUCUGGUUCGAAGCUGAACCACAGCCCCAAUAAUUCGGUGCCUAAAUUCAGAAGGCAAAACUCAUGUACCAUUGAGUUCAAUUUCGGUAAUGGUACUCAAAAGCACCAAUCAGGUGAGCCAAACUUGGAUUCACUUAAGAACAGUGAGGAUAAAGAGGUAAAGAUCACCCUUGCUCUUGGUGAUUCUCUGUUUUCAAAUUCAGGGAAACCAGCAAAAGAGACGAGUGAAUUGUGUAAGCUGUUGCAAGCUAAUCUGCCUUGGCAAUCUGAGAUUAUUCCUUCAAUAGCUGAGGCCCUGGUGGAUUCCAAGUCCACCAAAAAAGAGACUUGGUUGCUGAUUCAGGGGAAUGAUGUGAUUGGAAAAAGAAGAUUGGCACGUGCAGUUGCAGAAUCUGUUUUGGGGUCAGCUGAUUUGCUCUUGCACAUGGACAUGAGAAAUAGUGAGGUAAACUCGUGUAAUGAAAGACUCGAAAGAGCCUUUAGGAGGAACGCAAGGUUUGUAGUUUUGGUGGAAAAUGUUGAUUUGGCUGAUACCCACUUCCUAAAACUCCUAGCUGAUGGAUUUGAAACGGAAGCAUUUGGAGAAUCAAGAGAAAAGGAGGGAGGUAUUAGCCAAGCAAUAUUCAUUUUAACCAAAUCCAUUUCUUCGAGCUAUGAAGAUGGGAAAAAGAGUCAGGAUUCUGUGAUCGAGAUGAAGCUGAAUGUCAAUGAAAAAAGUAGCAGUUCUGGGACACCAAACUCAGAUAACAAGAGAAAAGCCGAGUGGGAUGUUUCAAACAAGAUCAAAACUACAAGAAUUGAUGAGGAAGAUGCAUCUUCCAUUGCUGCUGACAAUGGUACCAUCAAGAAAGAUUUAUCAAGGCAGUCAAGUUUCAACAAUCUUGAUCUGAACAUGAAAGCUGAUGAGGAUGAUGAAAGUGGGGAAAGAAGUGGAGAGUUUAGUCCCAUUUCAAGUGACUUAACUAGGGAGACCACAGCUGAUCCGCAUAUCCAAAUUGGGUUCCUCGAAUCGAUCCAGAACCGCUACAUUUUCAACCAAAAUGCAGCUCAGGACAAGGAGAUGAAAGAGUUUUUCAUGUCCAAGAUGAAGGGAUCCCUGGAGGAAACUUUUGGAGGUGAAAAUAUGAUUAGAUUUAGCGUUGAAGAGAGCGUGUUGGAGGGGGUUUUAUUUGGUUCAAGUUAUUUUCUCAACAGCCUUUUUGACAAAUGGCUAAAACACAUUUUUCAAAGAGGCUUGCAAAUUGUUAAAACUGGCGGGAAAGAGGGUAUAGAUGAAAUUAGAUUAAGUUAUGGGGGUAUACUUGAAAAUGCAAUGGAAAAUGGAUACAAGGGGACUUGCCUUCCCAAGACAAUCCAAGUUUCUUUCAUGGGAUAAAAUUGGGGUGGAUUUUGUUCUGUAAAAUUCCUGACAAUAUUUGUGUAACUGCUCACUUUCAUAGGAUGUGUUUUGUAGUACGUAUUAUUUCUUUGUUUCAAUUAAUUUUUCAGUGCUUUUUCUUCUUUUUUUUUUUUUUUUGUUUAUAUCGUAUUGGUUUUGUCAUUAUUGUAUUCCUCUUAUACCUUCUUUUCUUAUUCUUUUAACGUAUUUAAAUGAUAAUUGGCCCAAAAAAAAACGUAUUUAAAUGAUAGUAGAUAACAACAUACAAGCAUUGGCUUGGCAUAAUUCAAUGUAGUAAGUAAUGUCUAGGAUAAAUAAAUAACAUUAAUGACUACAUGAGAAAUUUAGAACCUUUCAAUUUCAACAUUAAUUAAUCAUUAAGCUUUUGUGUAUUUAAUUCAACAGCAGCCUUUUUCUCCUUUUAUGACAAGUUAUAUUAUUAAAAAUAACACAAACAAAGACAACUUGUUUUAAAAAAAAACAAAAACCAAAAACCAAAAACAAAACUUAUAUUUGUGCAAACAAUGAUGAAUGUUUUUACUCAUUAAGACCUAAUCAACUAUCCCAACAAUUAUUGGUACAAAUUGUUUAAAUUAAUUAACAACAUUA